GAAGAUAAACAGGGCCGAGUAGCAGUCAGUGUCAGUCGCGCGCACGCUGCCGCAGCAUCAGUAUUAUUAUGAAUGAGAGCAGAGAGCUGUGAGAACAGAGCUGCUCUGAAAGUUGUUUAUUAUUAUUAUUUUUUUAAUCAUAAGGAACUAAAAGAGGCUAAAGACUAGCACUUUAUUUCCAGGAUUCUUUACGAAGCAGCCAUGGAAUAUGCAGAUGGACAAACUUCACUGACAUUAAUGUUGUUUAUUUUAACAGCGGAAGGAGGAGUUGUAAUGCAAGCUCCAGCAGUGAGCCGGACCCAGAAGACAGAGCAAGAGAUAGCAGCACUCGUCUCCGGCUCCUCUUCCGGAUCCAUAAGAGAUCUCCCGGACCUGAGACGGCUAGCGAGUCUUGUAUCUUCACAGCAUGACUUGAUGAUCAGGAUCAGUCAUGCUCUCUUGGAUAGAACUGUAGAGGCAAGUUUUCCAAUGCAGUUAAAUCCUCAUCACUCAAGUCCAGCAGAAACAAGCCAAGCCAUUACCUCGUGCGAUUUUGAAUCUCCUUGUUUCUGGAGCAUAUCCAAUCACAGUGCUCGCGGAGACUGGUAUGUCACAUCACCUCAGGAACACUGGGCUGGUCAACAGAGUGUCCAACCAAUCACAGAUCACUCUAUUGGAGAUUCUAAAGGUCACUACCUAGUUUUGAGGCCUGGCUCUGCCCUGUGGGCUUCUGGGAGUUGUACAUUCCACAUUGCAAGUCCUGUAGUGCUAAGCAGUGGCCCACAGUGUCGGCUUCAGUUGGCUUGCUUCCAGCCAGAACCGAGAACAGGAAACUUGUCUGUCUCCAUAAAACUCACAGAUUCUUCUGUCAUCAGCUCACUGACUUCUGUCAGCAGGGGAAAACCUGGCAAUAGGGCAUCUUGGGAAGUAUUGGAGGCAUCGAUUGGGAAAAUGAAUGAGCCCUUCCAGGUAACAGUGCACUACACUUCUUGUAGUGGUCACGAUCUUGGACUGUUGGCCAUCGAUUCAUUGGAGCUGAAGGAAUGUAACAUGGAAAGCAGAGAUUUGGAAGAGAUGGCUCCAGACUGUGGGGAGAACUCAGCUGUUCGUUGUGAUUUGGGCGGCUGUAUAGAUAAAAGCAAAGUGUGUGAUUUCCACAGUGAUUGCCCUCUAGGCGAAGAUGAAGGAUUCAUUUGUGAUAAUUUGCCAUUGGGGUCAUACUGUUCAUUUGAGUUAGGCUCCUGUGGGUGGACAGUCUCUAAUACACAGUUUUCUUGGAACCUGGCCAGUGGAGAACAACUAUCCAGAAGUACCGACCUUUUAGGAACAACACUCCAAAACACUCAAGGACACUUCUUGUUCUUGAAGGUCAGAGGAAUUGCUAAUGGAGAUGAAGCAUCAAUUUACAGCCCAGCUCUUCCUGUGACUCUGUCUAAGCAGGAUUGUCAGUUGCACUUCUCCCUGUAUCUGUAUGGGGAUUUUAAUGGCACUGUGCGUCUGUCGGUGGUAGAGAAUGGUUCUUCAGUGACCCCUUUAGUGUGGGAGAGGGCUGGACAUUGGAAGGACAACUGGCAAGACGUCACUUUACAGAUCACUGACCUCCUAAAUAGGUUCCAUCUGAAAGUGCAUGCCCAGUGGGCUGCUGACUCAGAAGCAGACAUUGCGCUGGAUGAUAUUUCUUUAAGUGCAACAUGUUUUGACACAGAUCUAAAAGCUCUGCUUCUUGGCCGUCAACAUGAUUUGGACUCCAUCAGCCAGUUAGACUUCCUGAGUCCUCUUCCUGAACCUUCUGCCUCAGAGGUGUCUCAGAUUACAUGGUUGUUCACCUCAUGUGGUGCCAGUGGACCUCGGGGCCCUAUUCAAGCACAGUGUGACAGUGCCUAUCGCAACACCAACGUUAGUGUGCUGGUGGGAAAAGAAGGCCCUCUCAGAGGUGUUCAGAUGUGGAAGGUGCCUGCUACCAACAGAUACAAGAUCUCCGCAUAUGGAGCUGCAGGAGGCAAAGGGGCAAAAAACCAUAACAAACGCUCGCAUGGUGUCAUCAUUUCAGCCAUCUUCACACUGGAGAAAGGAGACAUCCUAUACCUCCUGAUUGGUCACCAGGGGGAAGAUGCUUGCCCAGGGAGGAACCCUCUGACUCACAAGGUCUGCUUAGGUGAGUCAUCUGUGAUUGAGGACCGGUUCGAAGGUGAUGGAGCUGAUAAGGAAUGGGCUGGGGGUGGAGGCGGUGGUGGGGGCGCCACAUUCAUUUUCCACAUGGAGAACGGGGAGCCGGUGCCUCUGCUGAUAGCAGCAGGUGGAGGAGGGAAGGCGUAUCUGGAGCAACCUGAGAGCAGUUUGGAACAGAUCCCUCUAGAACAGUAUGAGAACGACACGUUGGCCUCUGGGGUCAAUGGCAGAACUGGAGCCGCAGGAGGGGGAGGUGGUUGGAAAGACUCCUCUACUCAUGUGUGGGCAGGAAAAUCUCUGUUUGAAGGGGCAGAAGGUGGCUCACCUUGCCCCCAGGCCCUGUCUAAAUUUGGCUGGGUGACGUUUGGAGGGUUUGGAGGAGGAGGAGGUUCCUGCACUGCUGGAGGAGGUGGUGGAGGAUACAGAGGUGGUGAUGUGUCCAGUGCUGAUGACCUCGCAGCAGAUGGACAGGAUGGCGUUUCUUUUGUCCACCCUUCAGGAGAGCUAUUUCUGCAUCCUCUGGCAGUCAUGGAGAGUCAUGGAGAAGCUGAAAUUGAAGUGCACCUGAACUGCAGCCACUGUCAGACUCAGAGCUGCAAACGUGAUGAAGAUAGCAGGUUCAUCAUUUGCCGGUGUCAUAACGACGAGAUUCUUUCUCCAGACAAUGUCAGCUGUAUAGCAGAAACACAGGGUUCCAUGGUCGCUGGACACCCAUCCUUGUCUCUGAUAGUGGCGGUGGUGGCGUCCGCUGUGGUGACGGGUGUUGUGUUGACCUGUGCUUGCCUCACUCUCAUGUACUACCGCAAGAAGAACCACCUCCAUGCAGUCCGGGUAUGUUUGCAGAGCCCCGAACACAAGCUGAGCAAGAUUCGCUCUUCCAUCAUCAUGACUGACUACAACCCCAACUAUUGCUUUGCUGGCAAAGCUGCAUUAUUGUGUGAACUGAAUGAGGUUCCACGCAAGAACAUCACCCUUCUCAGGGCUUUAGGGCACGGUGCUUUCGGGGAAGUGUAUGAAGGUCAGGUUCUGGGUAUGAACGGAGACAACACUGCUAUGCAGGUUGCUAUCAAGACUCUUCCGGAAAUCUGUUCUGAACAAGAUGAGAUGGAUUUCCUCAUGGAGGCACUAAUUAUGAGUAAGUUCAACCAUCAGAACAUAGUGCGCUGUAUUGGAGUCAGUCUUCAGAUCCUGCCCAGAUUUAUUCUUCUGGAGCUCAUGACUGGAGGAGACAUGAAAAGCUUUCUGAGACAGAACCGUCCCAGAACUAAUCAGCCCUCCUCUCUGACUAUGCUGGAGCUGCUGCACAUGGCCAGAGACAUCGCAUUCGGUUGCCGAUACCUGGAGGAAAACCACUUCAUUCAUAGAGACAUUGCUGCACGGAACUGCCUGUUGACUUGUCCUGGUCCAGAGAGAAUGGCCAAAAUUGGAGAUUUUGGAAUGGCUCGUGACAUAUACAGGGCCAGUUACUACAGGAAGGGUGGUCGUGCCAUGCUGCCAGUGAAAUGGAUGCCGCCUGAAGCCUUCCUAGAGGGCGUUUUCACUUGCAAGACUGAUACAUGGUCAUUUGGUGUACUGCUGUGGGAGAUUUUCUCCCUGGGAUACAUGCCUUACCCUUGUAAGACCAAUCAGGAGGUGCUGGAGUUUGUGACGAGUGGAGGACGCAUGGACCCACCUAAGAGCUGCCCAGGACCAGUUUACCGAAUUAUGACACAGUGUUGGCAACACUGCCCAGAACAUCGACCAAACUUCUCAGCUAUUUUAGAGAGGAUCAACUAUUGUACUCAGGACCCCGAUGUUAUAAAUACCCCCCUUCCAGUGGAGUAUGGGCCAACUGUGGAUGAAGAGAGCAGGACUGUGACUCGUCCAGUAGCAUCUGGCAGCAUGAGUCCUCUUCUAGUGAGCCGAUCACUGGAUGUGCCUGUGCAGCCUGCAAGCUUUACUCCACUCCCUCAGGUCCAGAAACCUCGAAUGCCUCAGGAGGUGGCCAUACGGGAAGCUUUGGAGCCUUUUUGGGCUGAGCCACCUUCUGCUCCUGGAGCCUGCUCGAGCUCCUGGUUGCAGGUCCCAGAGCACCAACCAUGCUCCAGAUCUAGUUCCUCCUCAGGAAGCCAAAAGCUAAAGAACAACACCAAGAAUCUUUGGAACCCCACGUAUGGUUCAUGGAUUCUGGAGAGCUUUGGGAGGACGGCCCUGUCCCACACCCAAUCCAUGCCUUUGUCCUGUAGCACCACUACGCCGUCUCAUUUUACAUCAACCUCGGAGCAUAACGACUCUGGAACUGAAGCUAAUGUGUCACCAUGCUCAAAUUCAUCACCAGCUCCCUCUCAGAUGAGCUCCAGUCCUCCAGGGUCUUCGAGUGUCAAUACACAAAAAGGGCCGACUGGGGCUGUAGGGGGCUCACUUGCUGCUGUCAUGGAUUUGGCUAAGCUCCAGAGCUUCCCUUGUGGCAAUGUAAAUUAUGCGUAUGAUGAGCAGAGCUAUGAAGCUGAGAGUCUACCCCUAGUAGUUGCCAGGUCUCCAAAACCAAGCAGUAGUUCUGCAGCUAGCUCCUCUCUAACAGCACUGGGCCUGGCUUUCUCCGUUACCCACAAACCAUUGAUCAAGCGUCACGCCAGCUAUGGACAUGAAGAUGUCAGGAGGCAUACCAAGCCAGAGAAACCCACAAGGGACAGAGACUCAGGCUUUUCACUGUCCGAAGAUCUUAGUGUUACUCCUGUGUAGCACUUUCAGAUGCUGAAUUAAAGCCAGAUAUAAUACUGAAAAACAACGUAGCUCACUUCCUGCAGGUUGCCUCGCCUAGAACUAUGUAAAUAGGGAGGCCAGCGACACUCAUUGUGGGUCCAAAGUAGCAGAAAACAAAAGUCAAGACCAUUCCAUUUUUAUUUUUUGUGUGAACAAGUAUUAUGGCAUCAAUAUUGUAUGAAUGGGUAAUUCAUCAGAAGUACCUUGUGUAUAUUUUACAGAAAAGUUAAAACAUCACUGGAGGGUAUUAUGAUGCUUUCAAUUCAUGUUGGAAAGAUCGCAUUUACGAGUUGAACAAACAUGGAAGUGGGAAACUCAGGCUUUUCUUUGAGCUGGGACUGUGUCAGUAAGAAAUCAUGGUGGAAUCAAUGGAGCCAACGCCUGUAGUUGAUGGUAAAUUUAUUGAAAUUGACUACUCGUCUCAGAAGCUGAUUUCUGAGAUGCGUUAUUACGUGUUUGGUAUAUGCAUCAAAUUAUUGCCAGGCUUUUUUUUUUUUAAAGUAAAACAAGCUAAUUAGCUGCACAAACUAUGACAGCAUUGUACAAUUACGAUAUAAUAUGUAAUGAUAAAAAAAAAGGCAAAUGAUGCUCAUUCUUUGUUCUUUUUCCAAUUUCUAGAAGUAGAGUUUAAAAAAACCUUGCUGUAUUUGUUUGUAGUUAAUUAAGAGAAGGUACACCGCCAUCUUGCUCCGACCAAAGUGACCAGUCAGUGAACGCACCUGACCGUAAUUACAACUUCCCAACUCAUACAUACGAUCUUCCCAGGAGGACUUGAAUGCACAUUCAGAGUGUUACUUACACUCUGAAUGGUGACAUCUUUGAUCAAACAAAAUACAUAAAAUAUGUGCUCAGCAAGUCUUACAUGGAUUUUUUUCACAAAUCUGUCUCUGUGUGGCAUCAUAGAGCGAGUGUUACAGAACAGCAGGUCUAUCGCAAAGGUUGAAAUAUCUACUGUAAGUUAUUUCGAGUUUUUCCUUUAAUCAUGAGCUAAGUGAGAACUUGGGCAUUUUUUCAGUUUAUGCGAAACAGUAACCUGACCUUCGCUAUUUUCCCAUUCCCAUGUAUGCAGUUUUUGUUUAGAUUUAAAUUGCUUUCCAUAAUGGUAGAUUCUGCUUUCUUUUCCUGGGUGGGUUUUAAGGCCCUUGAUAAGUUAAUGCACUGCAUUCACUAGGCUUCCCUUGUGUCCCCUGUCUAUUCAGGAGGUUUUGGAAUCAUCCACAUGUUCCCCAUCUUUAUAGCACCCUUAGUGGUGUGUAGAGCAUGCAGAAGAAAUCAGGGCUGCACUGCUUUUGCAAGCAGUCUGAAUGUUCUAACCUGUUAAUACUGCUGUUAAUAUUGGCGCCACACAUUUAGAGGCAGUAUGUGUGUACGAUGAGAGUCAUGGUCCUGAUGAACAACCUAUAAUACUUGGAGAAAUCAGAAUACUAAAUCGACUUGUUUCCUUCUGUCUCCAAACCACUAGCCGCUUUACGCCACCUCUAUUCAUAUCAGGAUCGUGGAAACGAAUACCUGUGAAAAAGACGGUGCUACCUAGCUGGCUGGAGCAGUAGCUAGUAUUUUGGAAAAGUGUACUUUUAUGUUUUGUCACUGGUGUCUCAGUUAUACAGUAUGUAGCAUCCAGUUAUACAGGACAGGAGUGCACUAAAUUAGGUUCUUUCAAAUGGGAGGCCAUUCUAAUCGGGUUGUAAAGAAUUUUCUGAGUGGAGUUAGAGGUUGAGAGCCCCUCUGGCUUGCCUCUGCUUGGAACUUUUGUG